GAGCUGAUCCCGAAAUAAGGACUCGCCCUGGCGGACAGCAGAGCGCUGGGAAGCGCCCGGACCCACACCGUGCCUAGAAGCAUCGCCGGCUCGGCAUCCUCCUCCCUCUGGAACCGCUGAUCUCUCGCUACCUUCCUCAGGGAACUGCCUGCUAACUUCGGCGCCGACGCUUGGUCUGCCCGCCCGGCUGUGGGUAGGAUGGCGGCUACACCAUCCUCGCUCUGCCCCGGGGGCAGCCAGCCCCUUCCUCGUCUUCGUCCCACCGCCGAACCCCGCGCUGGAGCCACUGUGGCACAGUCGCUUCGCCACGUCCUGCCGGGGGCUCAGAGCCUUCUCCGGAGCGCCUGAGCACGGGCCGAGCCCCGGCGCAGCGGACGGCUCCUGGCGGGCCGAGCCCCAGCACCGCGGACAGCUCCCAGCGGACUAGUGCGCCCGGCUCCGUGCCUCGGGGCCGCUGUUCAUUGCGUUCUCUAGCCCCGUUGUAGCAGCACGCUGCUCUGCCGAGGACGCCGAGAGGACCCCCCCUAGUCACAGUGCUACCCACGGCGGUAGAAGAAGGCUUAUCUCCGGGUUCGGAGUCUGUCUUCUGUAGAUUGGGAAUUACGAGCCUGAGCAGUUCUUGGUUACAGUGGUGCACGAAUCUAUGGACUCCAAGGUGUGCUACUGAGUUAGAAAGAAAUCUGGGAUCUGUCACGCUGUGGAAGGGUAAAAGAAACCCUUCAAAACCAUCAAAACAAGCCCAAACCUUCCUACCUCCCUACAACCAACUUUACCCCCCACCUCCUGACCGUGAGCGUUUCUACUCCGUUUGUUCUCCCUCUUUUGGAGGCUGUAGGAUGAGGCAUUUCCCUCUGUCUCAAGGUAAAAGAAUAUCCUAGGGGCAGCAACACACAUCUGGCAGGGAUUGAAAGGUUUAAAUCCAGCCUCCACGGCAAUCAACAAUGGCUAAUGAACCAGUGAUUCUGAAUGUGUAUGAUAUGUACUGGAUAAAUGAAUACACCUCCACCUUGGGCAUUGGUGUCUUCCACUCUGGCAUUGAGAUCUACGGCAGAGAGUUUGCCUAUGGAGGGCAUCCCUACCCUUUCAGUGGGAUUUUCGAGAUCACACCUGGCAGUGCGGUAGAGCUUGGCGAGACCUUUAAAUUCAAAGAAUCCAUUGCACUGGGCACCACAGACUUCACAGAAGAGGAUGUGGAUAAGAUUAUGGAAGAGCUGGGCAAAGAAUACAAAGGCAAUGCAUACCACCUGAUGCACAAGAACUGUAAUCAUUUCUCUGCUGCUUUGGCUGAGAUCCUGUGUGGGAAGGAGAUCCCCCGCUGGGUGAACCGCCUGGCCUACUUCAGCUCCUGUAUCCCUUUCCUCCAGAGCUGCCUCCCCAAGGAGUGGCUGACCCCAGCAGCCCUUCAGAGCCACAUCAGCCUUGGCUUGCACAAGGAGGAGCAGGGGGACACAACGGACGAGGAGUCUCCCUCCACCUCUGCCACCCCCUCAGCCUCAGGCACCUCACGAACCUGUAGACAUACCAGGGUCUGAGCUGUGCCCACUAUGGCCUCUAGUAACAUUCUCCUCUCUCUUGUGCUGUUUCUUCCUCAGUCACCCUUUCGCACACCGUGGUUUCUCCCCUCUUUUUUCAUCUGACAACACAGGGGAGGGAAGACCCCUACCACUGAGGAGGAGAAGCUUCAGACCCUUUUCAGAGGGCUGCUACUACAGUUGCUUGGCAAAAUGAUUGUGAACUCCAACACUGAGCUGAGGAGUGUGGCAACUAUGCUGGAUUCUCCUCCCAGGAUCCCCAUGCUCCUUGAUCCAUGGAGAAUGCUGCUCUCUCAGGCACGAGAGCUCAUGUAGGAGCAGGGAGCACCAUACUGUGAUGUCCCUUCACUAGGACAGUUUUAUCUUUUUAUCUUUUCCCCCACCCACUUGAGCCCAGCAGCCUCCUCUGUAUUUCAGCUUGGGUUGCCACAUGGCAAAUUUCCUGCUUGCACCCAGUGAAGCAGGCAGAGCCAGAACUCAACCUUCUCAUCUCUUAGACCAGCAACAAGCUCCACUCAGCCACAUCCCUUUUGUAAUUAUCAGGUUUCUAACUCAUGUGAAGGAAAUGAAAGGUGCUGAUGUUCUUACAACCACCAGUUUUCAUUAUUCAAAUUGAAGAGCUCAAAUGACUGCCCUGCUCUUGAAAAUAAUAACAGAGAGAACCCAGAAAAUGAAUGUGUUACCAUGGCUUUUCUUUGGAGUCAAAAAAAGAAAAAAAAAAGAAAAAAAAAAAGAAAAAGAAAAAAGGAUGGGGCUAGUGCUUAGAGGCAGCUACUAAGUAGGUGCAGAGAUGACUGUUGUCCAUAUUGGUGCUUUUUGGCACAAACCCCACUCAGUUCCCCUACUUCUAGGCAGUGUUCCUGGUUACCUUUCUUUCACUUUCCCCAGGCUGGCAAAUUUAUCUCCUAGCUGACAUUUGCUGGCUGUUUUUGAGGGAAAUGGUCCUGUGGAGCAGUAAGAUGAGGGGAAGAAAUCUACUGGGAAGAUCAGUACUUCCUUCAGCUUUUUCUUCUGCGCCCAUAAACAUAAAACAUGUCUUCUGAGCCACCCUUCCCCAGACUAUUGCAGAGCCAACCCAAGAAGGUAAAAAAUAAGCGAUGAACCUGUUUCUUCCUCCUCCCUUUCUGGAGGUGGAGGGGGAAACCUAAGGCCACAUCAAGAAAGCAUGGAUGACCCUUCCCAUGCAUGGGCCACCAUGGUGCCUUCUCUUGUGUCAACUAUUUCACUGGCAUGAAAAAUGGGCAGAGCUGGCUCGUUGGUCUCUCCAGGCAGGUUCUUGAUAUGAAUCUGGUCCUUGGAUGUAUUUCUGCUCAUUCUCAUGGCUGACAAGAAAGCUGAGGAGGGAGAAAAGGACAGGUAUGCCAACCCUUCCACUCAAUUACCUCACCAAGAGUUCAGAAGAUGCAGGAGAGCAUCAAAGGGGAAACCCAAGCCUCUCUCCCCCUUCUAGCUCCUCUUGACCACACAAAGGAGGAUAAAAAAAAACAGGCCUGGUGAUGACAGGAGGUUGCUACUUUAGAAAUGCUGUUCUCAACAGCUGCUAUCAAGUCAGGACUUUCACCUCCAUCCAGAAAGAACUGUAAGUCCUUCAGCGAUGUUGUUUCCUUUUACUGGUUGCAGUAAGACCAAGAGCAUGCUAAGUCCAACCAGCUGUUUCUUUAGCUCAGGUAUAUAGAAUUGCAUGCUCUCAGUGCUGAAGGUCCUGGCUAUGAUGCACAUCAUGUCUGCAUAGACAGUGCUUCAUAUUUUGUUACAUGUGCAUACCUCCAGUGAAAAAGGAGACUCUGGAGAGAUGCACUGUAUGGAAAUAAAACUCAUGGGAUGGUCCACUCCACUACUUCCUGGAGUGAUGCAUGUUUGGACAAUGAGCCUUUUACAGCACACCUCCCAUUUUCAUCUUCUGAACAAACUGCUGCAAGUUCUGUACUGAACUAAAGUUAUACUCCUUGGCUACUCACAGCCAAUACUGCAUUAUGAGCAGUUUUACAGCUCCUAGUAUCCAAUCCAGCACCAGUCUUGAUUACCCUGGCUUGUUCAGGGAUGUUUAAUAAGAUUUCCAUCCUGUUUUCCAUUCUGCUGCCCAGAAACAUUACACAAUGUACUGUUGUGUGCUCUCUUCACCUGCAGUCAUGGUCACUGUAGCCUAAACCAGCAAUGCAAGUUCCAUUCAUCUGAAGUUCCCAGGGUGCCUGCCAAUAGCCAGCAGCACAGUACGUGCAGUGAAUUUUAAAAUCACUUUGUAGGUCCUUCUCUGGAGGUGAGUGAGAAAAGGCCUUUCCCAGAGCUUUUGCAUAGACCAGGGAAACUGCAGUCAGAAAUGCCUCGUUCCUGAUGUGACAAAAGCCAGCCAACCAGCACCCUCAGGUUUCUAUUCUGCACCUGAGCUCCAGGUAAAACAUCAUUACACUUUUAGGAGAGAACUAUGGCUCCAGUAGCACAUUUCACAAGGAAAGCCUCUCACAGUAUUUCACAAGAUAAAAUAUUUAACUGGCUGUAUUGUAACACAGACAAGAAAGCUGCACUCAGCCUUCUUGGGGACAUGGAUAAGUACUUGAAGUAUUGGGAGUAACACUUGGGGUGAACUGCUGCUGUCAUGAAAACUAGAUGUUUAUCUACUUUUAUGUUUGUCGGUCUUUUAUGUAGGGGUCCUAACAAGGAGGCAUGCAACCUCUGUUCUAAGUCAAAAUGAGAAUAUAUUCCACUCUUCAAAAAGGUUUCCCCUCACCCCUCUCUGUUCAAGGUGAUUGAACAACAACAAGAAGAACAAAGGGACACUGUGGAAAUAAAAUAUAUAUUGACGAUAGCUUUAUCUCUGUAAUUUAACAGCAUUUUAGAUUAUUAAAAAUGAAAACAUU